ACAAUAUAGAUGCUAAAUCUUUGCUGUUUUCCUUUUAGUGAGCUCUAGAAUAAAAAAUAAAUUUCAGUGGAAAAGUGGAAGAAAAACAUAGUAAAAAUAUUAUUAAACAAUGUCUUCGUUGCAUUUUGUCGUUUCUAUAGGGGAGGGUGAUCAAUUAAACGACAGAAUACGCGAAGUCGCUGAUAAAAUAAACAAAUAUGGAACACAGACAUUUCCAGCAUUACAUUCAUUGAAAGUGCCUGUAAAGCAAGUUGUCGUUGGUAAUUCAUAUCUUGGUGUCUUGUUAGCUGACGGGCGUGCAUUUCGUGUUGCUUAUUCAGUUAUCGCUGAACGUCUUGAUUUAAGUAAACACGAUUCAUCAACGAAAAAUAAUGGAGCAGGUGCUGGUAAUGGAAAUACAAAUAGUGGAAGUACUGGUGGAAAUGGCGGCUCAUCAACGUCUAAGCCAGCUCAAGCGUCAUCACGACAACUUGCAAGAUCAACUCGUGCUAGAAUUAUGAGAACAAGUGGAAGUUCUGUAAGAGGACAAACAUCACGAAGCACUGGAGUAAUAAUCGGUGGAACAACAUCGGGACGAUCUUUAGUGACAGUGCCAGCAACAUUUGUUCCCGAAGAACUCAUUUCACAAGCACAGGUUGUGUUACAAGGCAAGAGUCGUAGUCUCAUCAUUCGUGAAUUGCAAAGAACCAAUUUGGAUGUGAAUUUAGCCGUGAAUAAUUUAUUGUCACGAGAUGACGAAGAAGGUGAAGAUACGGAAGAAGGCAGUGACAAUUAUGUUCCUGAAGACUUAAUUUCAUUACUCGACAGUGGAAUUCAUCCUGAUCCGAGUCUCUUACUUGAUAACGAUGCAAUGUUCUCAGAAGAUAUGAGAACGUUUCGUAAUCUUAUGUUAAGUAGUCGCGAUCGAAUGCAAAGCUCAUCAGCGCCAUCAUCAAAUCAAAAUGAAAGUGGAAAUGUGCGAUCAAGUGGAACAAGUAGUAGUACAAGUGCGGUUGUGUCUGGAAGUGGUUCAGGAACGAGUGCAAGUUUAACAUUUGGGAGAUUGAGAGAUCGAACAUAUUUCGGACCACGUCGUUGGUUUCAAUCAACACGAGAUGAAGUUCAGUGGGAAAAAGAGCAGGAAACUCGAAAUAAACUCGACACAUCGUCUGGAUUUCCAUUAUGGAUUUCUGAUGAUCUUGAAUUUUGGCCUGAUAAAGACGGCGCACGUUUCAUUCAAAUUGCUGCACUUCACUCAGAAUUUAUCGCAAUUUCAACAAAAGGUGAACUUCAUCAAUGGCGUUGGGCUGAUCGUGAGCCUUAUCGUAACAAUGAACUUGCAAAUAUUCACCAUCCAAAGACGCAAUCGUUGGGACUUACCUAUGAAAAGAUUGUUCAUAUAUCAGCGACAACAAUUCGAUGUUCGGUUGUGACCGAAAGUGGAAAAAUUGCCAAUUGGAUGGAUGAACAAUUAGGAUAUGCAGGAAAUAAAUUAGAACAUCAAGCGACAAGUUAUCCUGAGUUUACACUCGAUAAAAUUACUUCACUUCAUACUUGUUCACUUUACACAGUCGCACGAACUGAAAGUGGUGAAUUAUUUUGGUGGGGCGUGUUGCCAUUUAGUCAACGUAAGAAAAUGUGGGAGAAAUAUAAAGCAAAGUCGAAAAAACCUCAGAAGAAAGAUAAAGACAAAGAUCAAUCAUCAUCAUCGUCAUCAAGUGAAGUUACGGUUGGUGCACAAGUUUGUAUGAAGAAUAGUCCAAUGUAUCAACCUGGCGCUAUUGGGUUUUGUAUAUCGAAUGGUGUACCGAAAGUUGGACAAUUACUCAAUGCUGCUUGGGAUUUGAUGAACAUUUGUCGAUUUAAAAUUCUUCCAAUGCCACAAUCAUCGUUGACAUCAACAAGCUCGAAUGGAUCAACAAGUGGAGUAAAUUUGGAAGUUAAAGAAGCGACAGUGAAAAUUCCAUCAUCGAUUGGAAUCACAAACACGAAUUCAAACUCGAGUGGAUCAACAUCGAGUGUUGGGAAUAAAGAAACAGCUGAUCGAUUGGAUAUGCCACCCCCGCCAUCACCAGCAAGUUCAACCUGUAGUGACACUUCGGUGAGUGUUAAGCGUAAACGAAUAACACAAAAAGAAGAUUCAGAUGGAAAGAAAGAUGAAGAAUUUUGGAACUUAAAGGAUGUUGUGUUCGUUGAAGAUGUGAGAUCAGUGCCAGUUGGACGUGUGUUGAAAGUUGAUGGACAAUUUGCGGCUGUUCGUUUUCCUUCAAAUAACACAAAAGAUAAAUUUGAUGAAUCAUCAAUUGAUGCAUGGCAAGAUUGUCGUUUGCUACGUAAAGAUGAUUUGCAAAUUAUUAAAUCAACAGCAACAUCGAGAGUUCCUGAUUGCAUUCAAAAGAUUCCGCGUCGUAUUGUAUUGAAUCUUCAACUCAAUGAACAUUCACAAUUAUUGACACUUGCUAUUGAUUCGAAAGGAAUUCAUACGAUUAUGAAAACUGGAACGACAUUACAUUAUUCGUUGUUUAAUUUAAGUGGAGGACGAAUGGGAAAGUCGAGCAAUUUUCCAACUGACAUCAACUCAUUUAUGGGAAAAUCAUCACAAAAUAUUUCACUCGUUUGUGCGGGUGAUCAGCCAGAAAGUAUUUUAAUACUUCGUGAUGGAAAUAAAACAAUUUAUCCGCUUGCAAAAGAUUGUCUUGAAGCAGUUCGUGAUCCAUUGUGGAUGGAUUUGCCGCCUUUAAGUUGUGUUGCUGCAACGCCUGUCACAAUUCAAUCAACAAAUGUCAAUACAAAAACUCAAGUUACGCUCGUCGUUAUGGCAACAGAACAACAACUUUUAAUGCCAAAAAUCAUGCGAUGCGAUGUUGAUGCAAUAAAAUAUUUCCUUGGACAAUUGAAUGGUGAAUUAAAGUCACAAGUCUCAGCUGUUGUACAAGAGUUUGCUGACGGAAAUAGAAAUAUUCUUCAUGCAUGUGUGACACAAUGUUCGCCAACAUCAAACAAAGAUUCUGAUCAAGAUUUAAAUAUUUCGAAUGCUAACAAUUCAUCAUCGAAUAAUUCGGGACCGAAUGUUGUUCUUGAUUGCAUUAAUGCUGUUGCCAAUUCAAUGAUAUCACGCCCAUCAAGUAGCAUUAGAGAUUUAAUGCGACGAUCAUCAUCAACAUCAGCAUUGGCUGGGGAUGUGCAUAUGUCAUCGUCAGGUGUUUCUGUGUCAUCAGCUGAUGACAAUUCAAUAAAUCUUUCUUAUUGGCCGAGUGAAUACGAAGGUGGAAAUUCAGGUGAUGAAGACAGUUUAUCUGGAAUUCAUAUGCAGAAAGUUCCACCACAAAAUCAAUCAACAGAAAUGUAUGUUUCGGAUCCGACUGAACGACGAUUAAAUGCACUUUUAAGUGUUCAAAUGAUUUGCGAAAAUUCAGCACUGCAACCUCAUCUUCGGCAACUUUUAAGUGCCAAAGAUUCAACAGGACAAACACCUUUCAUGCUUGCUGUAUCAAGUCGAGCUUAUCAAGCCGGAAUUGUGUUGUUUGAAACAAUUUUGAAGAUUGCAAAUGGCGAUGCACAAAUUAGAGAUUCAAUGGUGUUUCCAAAUGGUUGUACACCUGAUCAAUCGCCACUUCAUGUGAUUUGUUGUAACGAUACAUGUUCAUUUACAUGGACCGGGGCUGAUCAUAUAAAUCAAGAUAUCUUUGAAUGUCAAACUUGUGGAUUAAGCGGGUCAUUGUGUUGCUGCACGGAAUGCGCUAAAGUUUGUCAUAAAGGUCAUGACUGCAAAUUAAAACAAACAACACCGACAGCAUAUUGUGAUUGUUGGCAAAAAUGUAAAUGCAAAGCGCUCAUUGCUGGAAAUCAAACAAAACGUGCUGAACUUUUGGAGAAGUUGAUUAAAGAUACAGAUCUUGUGAUGAGAUUCAAUUCACGCGGUGAAUCAAUUCUAUUGUUUUUGAUUCAGACAGUUGGACGACAAUCAAUUGAACAACGUCAAUAUCGUUCAGCAAGAGGACAACAAAGAAGUUCAGGAAGUUAUUUGAAUCGAAAAACUCCAUCAAUUGAUACUGAAGGUGAAAUGCCAGAACAUGAUUUAGAGCCACCAAGAUUCGCUAGAAAAGCUUUGGAAAGAUUACUUGGUGAUUGGAAUUCUGUUCGUGCAAUGAUUCAAACAGGAGUUGAAAAUGAAAUCAAUUUAAAUUCAAAAAUGACAAGUCAAGUAUUUUACGAAGACAGCGACAGCAAAAGUCUUUACAUCAACUCACAAAGCGGAACAAUAAUGUUGGAUAAAUUCACACAUAUUCUGUUCUUCCGUUGCACUAAUGAACCUUUAGAUGCUUUAUUGUCAACAUUGACGAAUGAAUUGCGAACUGGAAAAGUUGAUGAAGCUCAAAAAGUUGCACGUCGAUUUGUUCGUUCAGUUGCACGAGUUUUUGUUAUUUUCAGUAUUGAGAAAUCGAAUAAUCCAGACAAGCAAAAGAAUUCAACAUUACAAGCUCGAUUAAUGCAGUCAUAUCGACGUGUUUUUACAUCACUUUUAAAGUUUGCCAUUGAAGAAUUGGUUGAGAUUGCUGACGCUCUCAUCGCUCCAGUCAGACUUGGUGUUGUUCGACCAACAGCGCCAUUCCAAUUGCCAUCAUCAUCCAACAAUUUAGACGCUGAUGAUUUGUUCUCAGUUGAACCUUUAGCUCCCGCAUCACGACAAAGUUCACUUCAAGACGCUGUCACAUCUCGAAUUGACACUGAAGCAUCUGACAGUGGAUUCUUAGCUCGCAUUUCAUCAGCUUUAAGAAAUGAUUUAGAUGAUGCAAAUGAUCCCGAUGCGAUGGUUCAUGACGAUGGUGACAUUUCAGAACAAGACGAUUCACAAUCUGUUAUUCAUGCACGACAACAUAUCAGCAAUAAUAAUAACAAUAACAAUAAUAACAACGUUGCUGAUGAAGUUGUUGAUGAUCAAAUGGGACAAGAUGGUGGUCACGAAGCUGAAAGUGACAAUGAAUUCAACUUUCAAGAAGCUGAAACUGAAAGUGAUUCAGACGAUAAUCAAAGUACGCAAGAUGCUGGUCGAAGUGUUCAAACAGGAGCAACUGCCGGUUCUGACACUGGUUUAUCUAAUUUCGUUUUAAUCAAUGAAGAUGAUACUGGCGAUUCAAGUCAACCAGAUGAAGAUGGAUCGGAGGAUGCUGACAGUGAUGAGCAAUCGACAGAAGAGUUUGUACUUGAUGAGCAAUUGGAACGUCGCACGACAUCGUCGGGACAACAGAGAAGCAACGCACCACCACAUUCAUUACAUUGGGCGAUCAGAAGUCGUGACACGACGAGAACAACAAACUUGCAUCGUUUAGCUGGUGCUUCUAAUCUCGUUUUUAUCGAUCCUAGUGCGAUAAGAAGAUCGACAUCAGCAAGUGCUGUCGCAGCACAAGAAGCUCCAACAAUGGCAACAACAUCAAGUUCAUUAGCUCGUGCAUUUGGAAUUGUUUUACGUCAAAUCAGUGAACUUGUUGGAACAUUAGCAUGGAAGUUUACAUGUCCGCCAUCGAAUAAUUGUGAUAGAACUUAUCAAGAGACUGUUCAGUUGCAGAUGUUUGUCGAACGACGACUUAAACCGACUUGGGAUUGGAUUCUUACUGUGAUGGAUGCAACAGAAGCUCAACUUCGUUUUGGUGCUUCGUUAACUGAUUCAACAGAUUCAGCUCAUCCAUUACAUCCAUCAAAUAACAACUCAACAACUGCUACAACGUCAUCAUCAACAAAUGCAACAACCAACACGACAACUUCAAAUGUUGGAGCGCCACAAAGACCCAACCGCACAGUCACAAUACAAAUGCUCACGCCAAACUUAAAUACUUUCAAUAGUGGUAGUCGCGCACGUGAUCGAACAAAUGGUGGUACUGACAAUGCAACAAGUCGAAGAGAUUUCUUAACAUAUUGUUUGUCACUAAUGCGUGCACAUAACUCAGAACAUCGCGAUUCACUUCCAGUUCUUGACGUCACAGCGUUACGUCACGUCGCGUACGUUCUUGACGCAAUCAUUUUCUAUAUGCGCGCUUCAAAUGAAUUGGAUUGCGAUCGAAAUGAUUCAAAUGCUUGGGAUGAUCAAGAUGAUAAUGAAAAUGACGAUGUUGAUGAUGAAUUUACAACAUCGCUUGUUAUAGACACGGAUUCAAUUGAUGAUAGUGACAUGGUCCGACCAUCGCUUGGCAAGCGUCAUGGAUUCUUCCAAAGAUCUGAAUCAACACUUUGUCUUGGAUGUCCGGCACCUGAUUCAUUCAACACACCGAUGAAUGAACCUCUUCCACUCGCCGAUCAACCUCAACUUCUCCAACCAAAUGCACGACGUGAAGAUUUGUUUGGAAUGCCAAAGCAAGCAAUCACUGUGCCAACUGGCGAUCAAUCAGGUUCAUCAACUUUAGAAUUGCCACCAAUAAGACUUGGAUUAUCAUCACAAAAUCCUUCAACAGCCUCAAAUACUGUCGUCAUAUCAUGCGUGAAUCCAACAGCACAAACUGAAUCACAAAGUGAGACAAUUGAAGAAACAUUAACAACUAAACAACAAAUGACGAUGCGAACAAGUCAUGGUGGAAAUAAGCAAAAAGAUCAAGAAACAAUCUCGUCACUUAAACGUCCACAUUCACCGCAACCAGGUCCAUCGAAUGUUCGUAAACAUUUCGAAGAAUAUGAAGAUGAUGACGAUAGUAUCGAAGAUGAACCGCAAGACUUAUCACAACAAACUUUGGAUCUUCGUCAUACAAGCAACAAAAUGGAUGUUGACAAUGUUCCACAAAUUCCACCAUUAAAGUCAUCUGACAAUAAUAAUUCUUAUGAUGAUUCAGAUGACAGUGAUAAUGACUCAAAUUCAAUUCGUUCACCAGUUCAUAAGAAACAUCGCUUAAUGGAAUCAACUGACAUUCAACCAGAACAAUUUGCAUUAAUUCCAAAGUCACAUGAUGAUCAACAACAGCAACAGAUGAAUGAUCAAGAAGUUGAUCCAUCAGUUCGUCCUCCAAUUAUUGUCGUAACAAGAAGAAAUGUCGCUGACGCAAUUGAAGCUGUAACAGCGACAGUUUUAUCAAAGAAUAAGAAAACAAAUCUCAAUGAUUGUGUGACACCUGAAACGCCGUUGAGUUAUCUUCCAAAUAGUUUCAUGUAUGAUGGAAAGUCUGGCAGUGGUGAAGGUACUGAUCAUGGUUCAUCAUCAUCAACAAGCAAAUCAAGUGUCAUUGUUCGUGUUGGGCCAUCGACUUCAACAACUCCAAUUGAUAAUGUAAUGGAAACAAUUGACGAGAAUCAAGAAGUGUCAGCAAAUGUUACAAUUGAAACAACAAACACGCCAAUUCCACCUCAAUUGGUGCAAGAAUUACCACCACGUGGUGUUUACUUCCGUUCGAAUGUCACAUCCGAUCUGUUACUUGGACGUUGGCGUUUAUCUUUGAUUCUGUUUGGACGAGUUUUUCAAGAAGAUGUUGGGAUGGAGCCGGGAAGUAUCAUUUCGGAACUUGGUGGAUUUCCAGUUAAGGAAGCGAAAUUCCGUCGUCACAUGGAGAAACUUCGUAAUGGUCAACAAAGAGAUUUAACUUUAUCGAAGAUUGAUCGUGCAAGGAAUUGUUUGAUACCGCAAACAUUCAAAGAACUCAACACACAGUACAACAAUAACAAUAGAAGACUUCAACCGCCACUUGCUUUCAAUCGCGUUAAAGUGACAUUCAAAGAUGAACCUGGUGAAGGUUCAGGUGUUGCUCGAAGCUUCUACACAUUAAUCGCUGAAGCUCUUUUGUCAAGAGAAAAUCUUCCGAAUCUCGAAAGUGCUCAAGUUGGUUCUAGUAAAUAUAAUGUUCCAUUCACUACAAUGAUUCGACAAAGAAAUGCUUCGUCAAGUGGAGGAGGAGGUGGUGGAAGUGGCAGUCAAGGAUCUUCAGUAACAAUUGCAACAAAUUCGCCAUCAAAUCCACCGCCAAGAGAACUUAGCGAACCAAUUCGUCGAAUAACAACGAAGAGAACUUUAUGGCGAUACAGGGACAAUCGUAAAGUGAUGUUAAAUUAUGAUUCACGACCGUUUAGACCACAAAGUGAAGGUGGAAGUAAUGAACAUCUGUCUGGUCAUCAACAACAAUUAGGCGAACGUUUAUAUAAUAAAGUUCUUCAAAUUCAUCCAGCACAAGCAUCAAAGAUCACUGGAAUGCUUUUAGAUUUGCCACCCACGCAGUGGAUUAUGUUGUUAUCAUCUGAUGAGACUUUAAGACAAAAGGCUAAUGAAGCAAUGGCGUUGAUAACAUUUAGACAUCGAAUGGAUCGUGAAAGCAAUAAUGGAUCAAAUUCUAGCGGCGGUGGUGGUGGUUCUGGAAGUAACAGCAAUAAUAAUAAUCAACAAUCAUCAGCUUCUGUCUCAUUAAACAUUUCAAAUUCAGCUACUUUGAAUAUUAUAAAUUCAGAUGCAUCAGCAAAUAAUCAACAACAAGGAUCGUCAUCGUCACAACAGCAGCAGCAGCAACAAGGAGCAAAGAAAUUAAAUUCAAUUGUUGUUCUUGAAGACUGUCAGAUUGAUGACAAUGCGCCAUUGUUUUAUCAACCAGGAAAGCCAAACUUCUUCAGUCCACGUCAAGGUUAUCCGUCAUUUGAACGCAUCAAUGCAUUUAGAAAUGUUGGACGCUUAAUUGGACUUUGCUUACUACAAAAUGAAUUAUUGCCAAUCUUUUUACAACGUCAUGUCUUGAAAUAUAUUCUUGGACGACAAAUUCGAUUCCAUGACUUGGCAUUCUUCGAUCCAAUUGUUUAUGAAUCAUUGCGACAAUUGGUGAAAGAUUCGCAAAGUAAAAAUGGUGCGCAAUUAUUGCAAUCGUUGGAGCUUAAUUUUGUCAUCGAUUUGGGACCAGAAGAGGGAGGCGGUUCUGUUGAAUUGGUUCACAAUGGUCGUGACAUUAUUGUGAAUGAACAAAAUGUUUACGAUUAUGUUCGAAAAUAUGCCGAAUAUCGUAUGAUUAAGACGCAAGAGAAAUCAUUGGAGGCACUCCGAUUGGGAGUGUUCGAUGUGCUACCAGAAACAGCUUUGGAUUCGUUAACAGCUGAAGAUUUGAGACUGCUUUUGAAUGGUGUUGGUGAUAUCAAUGUUUCAGUUCUAUCCAACUACACGUCAUUCAAUGAUGAAUCGAAUGAAAGUGCUGAGAAAUUGCAAAGAUUUAAGCGAUGGUUAUGGCAGAUUGUCGAGCGAAUGACGAAUUUAGAGCGACAAGAUUUGAUUUACUUUUGGACGGGUUCACCAGCAUUACCAGCAUCUGAGGAAGGUUUUCAGCCUAUGCCAACUGUCACAAUACGUCCAGCAGACGAUGCGCAUCUUCCAACAGCUAACACAUGCAUUUCAAGACUUUACAUCCCACUUUACUCAAGCAAAGCCGUUUUGCGUCACAAACUGUUGAUGGCAAUUAAAACUAAAAAUUUUGGAUUCGUUUAAUUGCUUUGUUUUUCCUUCCUACUCUCCUUUCCACAAAUUUAUUAACAAAAGAUAAGGAAUUAUUAAUAACGACGACACUUUGCCUUGCUAUUUAGACUUUGAUCUUGACUUUGAGAAACUUUCAGUUCAAGUUUUGUUUGAAAAAGACGCUUAGGAAAGUCUCCUGAUUGAUUGGCUCAAAUAUGAUUGUUUUGUGAGUUAUAAUUGACGCCAUUCUGUGACAGAUUAAAGUCGGCAUGGCCUGCAAGAUCAAUUCGUUGGAUUAACUUAAAGAAAAAGCUUAAAAGUGUUGUCAAUUUUAAGUUUUCUCUUCUUAAUAUUUACGUUUUCAAACGGAUAAAAUACAGAAAAAUAGCAGUUCUAACAACUUUCGGUCAUAACUAAUGGAAAAAUUAUUAAAACAGAACAUAAUUAAUAAUUUAAUCAAAAUCACCGUUGAAUGAAUGAAAUCAACUAAAGUUUUACAAUAAUUAAUAAAUACUAUUGGAUAAGUUUGAAUAAAUAAUUAUUUCACUGAUUCUUUCGUUUAAUUAUGUUAAGUCAAUUUUAAAAAUCUUUGUUUCUGUUCUCAAAGUUCUUUCUCUCAUAUUUUAAUAUCUACUGAAAAAAGCCUGUAAUGCAACUGACUAGAACAGGCCUUUUGUCUAGUGGAGAGAAUGUUCUACUGAAAAGUUUAUUUCGCUACUGAGUAGAAUGAACUUCCUGAAUUAAAAUUAAGGGAAAAAUAUUUUUAUAUCAGAAAUUGUAUCUAAUUGGAUUUUUUAUGAAAAAUUCGGACGAAUGUGAUUUUUUUUUGGAUUAGAAGAAAAAUUUUCAACAAAAGUGAGAGAGAGAAAAUUUUAAAUUUAAUGAAAUAAUUUGGAUUAUUAAAGAAUGGAAAAUUUUAGAUAAGAAUAUUGAGGAACUGAAGCUUAUAGGAAUGUAUCAAACUUGAUAUAGAACAUACGGUUUGACACAGUAAUGGUACGAU